AUGGCGAGGGCUCUGAUGGUGGAGGACGAUUACGAGACUGAAGAGAUAAAGCAAGCUGCUGCUGAUGUUCUCUAUCACUACUCACAAGUUGUCAUGGUAUGCAGUGGGGAAGGAGUUCGACCAACUGAUCUUAGGUUGCACCUAAUGAAGGUAUCUACAUCCUUGCUUAAUGUGGAAUUGAUGUAUGAAUGGGAUUUUGUGCGGGAACUUUCGAGAAUGCUUUCAUCUUUGAAGAAAAAACCUUUUCUUGCAUCUCUUUCUCCCAAUUCCAUAGGUGCAUCAUCCUCAGGCAGCGAAAGCGCUACCUUAAUUGUGCCAUGCCUUCCGACUGAGGGCUCUAUUCUUUUACAAUUGAAGCGAGAGCUCUCUAAUUCCAACCUCGUAUCUUGGCAACACGGAACCGAUUGUUGCCGUUGGGAGGGUGUAGCCUGUGACCCUGUGUCAGCUCGGGUCACCUUCCUCGACCUUAGUAGCCGUGGAAUUUCUGGUAAGAUCGUCUCCACAUCUGCUCUCUUCAACCUUACCUCCCUUCACUAUCUCAACCUUGCCUGGAACCAAUUCGAUCCAAUUACCCUCCCCGCUUCUGGGUUCGAGAGGCUCAGUAACCUUACCCACCUGAACCUCUCCAACGCUGGUUUCAUUGGUCAGGUUCCUAUUGGGAUCGCUCACCUGACAAAUUUGAUCUCGCUUGAUCUCUCCAUCAGUUAUUUUACUCCGGACACAAGCGAUCAAUUGAUACUUCAUGACCCAAGUCUUAGAACUUUGAUUGGAAAUCUCAGCAAUAUGAGGGAGCUCUACCUCGACGGUAGUUUCAUAUCAAGCGUAGGAUCUGAUUGGUGUCGUGCUCUAUCUGUGUCGGUCCCUCUACUUCAAGUUCUUAGCUUGCCAGGUUGCUCCCUCUCUGGCCCAAUUGAUCCCUCGCUCACGCGGCUUUCCUCUCUAACUACUAUCGACCUCCGAUAUAACAACUUCUCUUCUGCUGUGCCCGAAUCCUUCGCCAAUUUCUCCUCUCUGAGUAGUCUUCAGCUUGCAUCAUGUGGUCUUGAAGGUUUGUUUCCACAAGAAGUUUUCCAGCUUAAGAAUUUGACUCUUCUCGAUGUAUCCAACAACCCAAUGCUUUUUGGAAAUUUACCGAAUUUCCACCUUCAUAACUCUCUCGAGAUCUUGAUGCUCGGCGGCACCCGUUUUUCUGGUGCCAUACCAAACUCGAUUGGUCGUCUCAAGUCCUUGACGACAUUGAACGUUUCGGGUUGUAGCUUUUGGGGGCCAGUACCCUCUCCGAUAUUCACCCUUACACAAUUGCAUUAUUUAGAUCUUUCGUCCAACAAUUUUAACGGUACGGUAGAACUUGGCUCAUUUUGGAGCUUAAGGAAUCUCUCGCAUUUGUCUCUCUCAAAUAACAAAUUGACGGUGAUUGAUGGAGAAUAUAACUAUUCCUCCGCGUCCUCCCCUCAGAUUUCCAGUUUGUACUUGGCAUCUUGUAAUCUGACCAAGUUCCCUGCUGCCCUGAUGUAUCUACCUAAUUUGACUGACCUUGAUCUCUCAAGCAACCAGAUUCAUGGCGCCAUACCAUUGUGGAUAUGGGAGAUUGGGCAGAACAAUCUCACUCGCUUGAUUCUAUCGCACAACAUGCUUACCAAUGUCGAGAGGUCUCUCUCCAUUCUGCCUUUACCUUAUAUUGAAAUUCUCGACCUCAGUUAUAACAUGCUUGACGGGCCUGUUCCGCUUCCCCAAGGAAGAUAUCAAGUUGUUCUCGAUUACUCUAACAACCGGUUCUCGUCCGUGCCGUUGAACAUUUCUUCAUAUCUUCGAUCCACUUUCUUCUUACAGCUAUCUCGAAAUCAUCUAAUCGGAAAUAUUCCAACUUCGAUCUGUGAGGCCCUCUUUCUUGAAGUCCUUGAUCUUUCUUACAACAGGUUUACUGGUUUGAUCCCGUCGUGCCUGAUAGAAGGCAACGGCCUCCUGCGUGUGUUGAAUCUAAGAGGGAACAGAUUGCUCCGUGGGACGACAUUGCCUAAUAAUAUUAGCCGCGAGUGUCCUCUUCGGACGCUAAUUUUGAACAGCAAUGGGAUCGAAGGGCCGCUACCAAAGUCUUUGGCCAACUGCAGCAUGCUCGAGGUGCUGGACUUGGGGAACAAUCGGAUAGUCGACAGGUUCCCAUUUUGGUUGGGGAAUCUCUCAAUGCUCCAAGUCCUUAUCCUUGGCUCCAACAAAUUCUAUGGCUCUGUCGAACUUCCUCCGCAAGUUGUGGUGAUUGACAAAGGGCAGGACGUAACACUUGCAAAGAUCUUGACAGCAUUUACGAUGAUCGACCUUUCGAGCAACCAAUUCCACGGUGCAAUCCCUGAGGUGAUCGGGAACCUCCGCUCGUUGCGAGGGCUAAACAUGUCGCACAACGCCUUCACCGGAGGAAUUCCUUCUGGAUUUGGGGGCUUGGCGCAACUCGAGUCUUUGGACCUUUCUUCCAACCGACUCUCGGGGGAGAUUCCGGAGAGUUUGACCUCCCUGACCUUCCUCGAGUUGUUGAAUCUGUCCUACAACUCUCUAGUGGGGAGGAUACCGCAAGGCAAUCAAUUCUUUGCGUUCCCAAAUAGCUCAUUUGAGGGGAACGUGGGAUUGUGCGGGCGCCCCCUAUCGAAACAAUGCAAUACUGAUUCGAGUUCGACGUCUCCUGCACCAGUUUCACCUUCUUCGACAUCCAAACACAGGGCUUGGAAACACAGAGUUGAGACGAUCUUAUUGUUCCUCUUCGUCGGAUUAGGAUUCGGGGUCGGUUUUGCAUCGGUGAUCGUGUUCCAAGUGGUUUGCAGAGCUGGAAGAAUAUGGCUAAACAAGCUUUUCAUCAGGCGUUAGAUUAACCAAGAUUGAUUCCUCUUCUACUUGAUGUUUUAGCUUUGAUGAACGAAUAAGAAAAUUUGGUCAAAUAAAUGAAUGUUGGUUGCGAUUGUUUAGAACAAAACUUUUGAACAAUUAAAGAGAUAUGUAACUAGCAAAGUUGUUAGCUUUCUUUUUUUGCUGUUCUUUGAAUGCAUCAAAUAUUUGGAUUU